AUGUCAGAUGAACAAACCUCUAUUUGUAACACUGAUGAAAUAGUGAAUUGUCCUAAUGAAGUAGAAAGAAACCAUGAUCAACACUAUCCAAUAAAAGAUGAUUCUAUACAAUCAGAAGAAAUAAUAGUAAAUAAUAGUGAACUAGAUAAACAAGAAGAGAAUCAUAAUGAAACUGUUGUAAUUAAAGAAAACGAUCAGUGUAAAACAGAUGUUAGUUCAUCAAUGGAAAUAUUGAAAAGUCGAGAAAAUGAAGGUGACGAUGAAGCAAAAGAGGAAGAAGAAGAAGAAAAAGACAAAAAUACAAAAUUAAAAGAAAUUUCAGACAAAGAAGAUGAUUCAGAAAAACCAUCAACUUUUGAAAUCAUUGACAAAAAUCUAGAACAAUCUGAAACAACCGAGAAUUCAUCAGGCGAGAAAGACAAAGAACACAAGAAAAAAGUCAAUCUAGUCAAAUGGUUAAAGAAAAAUGUACAUAUUCAUUUACCAAAGCAUCACUCCUUUAAAAAGGAAAAGUCCGUUAUGGAAUAUAAGACUGAAUGUAUCAAUUCAAAUGAAGAAUCAAUGUCUGAUAAACAAAUUAAUCAUAAUUCAUCUGAAGAAGUAAAAACUAUUGAACAUACUGAGAAUGAGCAAAAUGUAACAACUGAAGAGACACAUGAAACUACCGAAUUGUUACAAUCCACAAUUGAGAAUACAACAACAGACCAUUCCUUAGUCACAUCUACAACAAUAAACAAUGCACAAUUAUAG